UUUGGACAGGUGUUGCAACUGAAUUGGUUUUGCAAAUAUGAGAUGCUGUUGUCCAUUUUCAAAUAGAUCAGCUUGAAGAAAGUCCUGUGGAACAUGAUCUGUGUUUAAUUCAAAACUAAUAUCUUCAGGGUGUUUUGGACGUUGUCCUUCCCUGGAGCGAUUGGUGCAUCUGACUAGAGUGUUUAUAUUUGGUAAGGGAACAUCUGAAUUUUCCCAGCUUGAGAGUGCUUUCUUUACUAUUUCCCCAGAUGAUGCAAAUGGAAAUUCCAAAGCAGACUUUUUAACGAAAGCUCGUGUCGAUGCUUUGAGUUCAGCACCAGGAUCCUCAGGAUGUGUGUGUUUGUGGUGUCCACUUUUGAAGUUCAUUGUUUCUAUUUGCUGUGAAAUUGCAGCACUUUUUACCACGGUAGCUGCAUAUCCAUGUGACUGAGACAGAUGACUCGCUUCCUGGUGUACGUAAAACCCAAAGAAUCAGCGAGAAGAGAGCUGCCUUUUCUUGUUCCACCGGAAACAAUUUUGUAGGUCACAGGAGUGUCUGCAAGGAUCGUUGUUGGUAACGCUUCAUCAUCUAAUGAUGUUUCUGCAGCUGGCGUGAUGUCAUCAAUAGGAAGUGUGAUGUUGAAGCCAUUGGGUGUGUUGUUGAUUGCUGCAGGCUGCUCUUCGACUGGGAAGGCAUUAAAAGGAUCAUCGGCAUCACCUGAAACCAGGGUAAAAAAUAUGAGCAAAUGUACAGUGAGAGGGGGGGAUGGAAAGUGAGUGGGACAGGGGAAAGUGAGUGGGGAAAAUGAAAAUAAGAGGGAUGAGGGAAAACAUGAGUGGGACAGGAAAGUGAGUAAGUAACAAGGUACAUACAUAGUAAUGCAAAGGGGUACAACUAAACCGAAAUGACUACAAAUGACUUCAAAAUACAUAAAGGAAUACAGAGGAGAGAGAGAGAGAGAGAGAGAGAGAGAGAGAGAGAGAGAGAGAGAGAGAGAGAGAGAGAGAGAGAGAGAGUUACAAAGGAAGGCAAACAACAACAGACCUAUGAGUCCUCACUACGGCUGUUUGUAUAGAAGAGAGAGAGAGAGAGUCUAUGGGCAUAAAUUAGUACCCCUCCUCUCCCACCCAUCCUUAUCUAAAUGCUCAUGCAAUAGAAAGCUAAGGCCCCUAACAAACAGAAAGAUAAUUGUACCUGAAACUUCCAUCCAGUCAGGACAGUCUGGGCAACACCACAUGAAAACUUGACCAGCUUUCAAUGGUCUGUCUAUAUUCCGGUACUCAGAUUGUGAUGUUGCUGUACCACAUAAGCAGUGGCGCCACUUGUUGCACCCGUCACAGAUAGGGGCUUCCUGUCUAGGGCGAACACACAAUCCACAUCCUGAGCAAAGGAAAAGUGCUGAUGCCAUGGUAGUAUAAAAAGGAUAACUGGAGUUAGGAAGUAAAUACUGAGCAAGUUCACUGGAGUUUCGAAGCAAAAAGUGAGCAGAUCCACUGGAGGUCCUAAGUUACCCUUUUAGAAGCAAAUAAUGAGCAGAGCUCUAUUUGCUCUAUUCUCUAUUUGCGUGGCAAACAAAUAAACAUUAUUAUUAAUUAUAUUAAUAAUAAUGUUACAUAGCUAUAAUCAUGAUACAUAGCAGCUGGUGGUACAUAGCAGCCAACGGUACAUAGAGGCCUGUUACGGUGAAGGAAGGAGUAAUGGCCUGGGGUGGGUGUGUGUGUCUGGCCGUCAGGGUGGAGGAAGGAGUAAUGGCCUGUGGGGAUAAGGCUGGCAGCGGUGAGGUGACGGCGGCGUGGCAUGAACCAGCUGGCACCUGUGAUGACCUUAAAGCCCUGGAGGAGUGCCAGGCCAGGGUAGAGUCCCUUGAUAGAGAGAGAACCAACAUUGGCGGCCCUGUGUAUAAAGCUGCUGGGCGCUUUUAGUGGCCCAUCGAACACUGCGAGGUAUUAAAAACAUAAUUUUACCUAUUUUGGAAGCGGAUUUGGCUGCUUUUUAAUGUGGCAACUCCUUGCAGCCUUGCCUUUGGCUGUAGCAACAGGCCACAGAGGGGAUACAAAAUUUAUGAAUUUCCUGCAAGCCCGCUGAGAAGAUAGAGUUGUGCUGACUUUUUUUUUUCGUCUUGGGAGGAAACCCUCUCGUUGGUCAGGUUUGUGCCAGACAUGCAGUGUGUGUGUCUUGCUGUCAUAACUGCCCUCCUCUUGUCCUGAUAUGGAAAUCGUUGUGAGAGAGACACAGCUACAAGGCCUGGAGCAAUCCUUCGCCUCAGGCCCAGACAUCCAAGCUGAUGAGGGGAGCUGUACGUCGCCCUUAUGACCAAAAUUAUUGGAUUUGAUCUCCCCCUCAGGGCUCUAGCUGUUAUAACAGACUCACAAUGGAUACUUCAGUCUCAUUGGCUGGACGUGUUACAAAAUUUUAGAUGAACAGAAGGUAGCUUUUGGGUGUGCCUUACCUGCAUUGGUAAAACUCUAGAAUCACACCCAACCCACUCUAAUGACUAACACUAUUUUUUUAAUUGUAUUUGCUAAGCAUCACUCUGAUAACUCUUCAUUAUUAUUACUCAUUUCUGAAAUUUUAAAAUGCUGGGAAAUAUUACUAUUUCAGCGGUGAUAGGUUACUAUUUGGUCAUGUGAUAGUCUUCAGCGAGAAACUCCUCUAGGCUGGGCUAUAAAUCUAUCUUUAUUUAAUAUCCUAAUGUAUAAGGUUGCACAGCCUUCAUUUCUAUGGGUACCAAUGUCACUAUAAUGUACUGAAGACAUUUUCCUAUAAUAUUUUCUAAACCUAUUUUGAUCCUCAAGCAAAAUGAAACAUGUUUAUAUGUCCUUAGAAUUUUACUGUAUUAUCUUUUAAUCAACAAUAAGUAUUUCAAUUGAAUUAAAUUCAAUGUUAGUGUGUUGGAAGUGGCCUCAAGUACACACAGAGGACGUGUGGUCACCCAUCUUGUCCACCUUCAUGCAGCUCAGCCACCUUGUCUUAGUGUGUUGGCCAAGAAUAUCAAAGAAUGAACCCAGAGCCUCCUCCUCUCCUGCCUCCCUCACUCUCUUGCCUUGUGUUUUAUUAUUAUUCUGUCUUGUCAUUCUCUCUUUGGUUUCUUUCUUGCCUAUUUAUUUUUGCAUCCUUCCUCUGUUCCUUUUAUUAUUACCACAGAACCUCCACAGCUCACCUCUCCCUGCACUUACAGCACACCUUGGCCUGCACCUCGUCCCUCCCUGCAGGUGCAUGGUGCCCAACAGGGCGCUGCACCUCACCUGGGUCAACGCCCGGAGCAGACUGAUGAGGGCAUCCACCAGUGACUCCCUGGGUGUGGGCACCUUCAUCUCCACCCACGCCAGGCUCAGCAUUGUUGAGUUUGAUGAGCAGCCUCAGGACGUGACGGUCAUGGAGGGGAGCGCACUGGGUUCCCGUGUGCCCUGGACACCAUGCCGGCGCCCUCCAUCAAGGGGUUCAGGAACAGUCACCCGCUGGAGCCAGACUCACGAAUGACACGCCUUCCAUCUGGUGCCUUAGAAAUAGAGAAUGUAGCCAUGCCGGGGAGUACUGCUGCCAAGCCAACAAGAGCAAGGUGUCCCAGCAAGCCACACUCACAGUCAAGGAAGCCUACAUGCUCACUGCUCAGCCAAAGUCCACGAUAGGCAAGGUGGGGACAAGAUUACCCUGGACUGUGCGGCCAACGGCUACCCGGAGCCAGCCGUGGUGUGGCUCAGGGACAGCGCCACCAUCCACAUGGCUUUGUGUGUGUGUGUGUUGCAGUUAUUGCUGUAUAUAAGGGACCUGGACACACUGUUCUGCGGCACCACCACCAGCAGCCUGCACAUCCAUGGCCUGCAGGAGGAGGACGAGGGGACGUACAGGUGCCGGGCGGAGAACAGGGACCUGGACACACAGUUCUGCGGCACCACCACCAGCAGCCUGCACAUCCAUGGCCUGCAGGAGGAGGACGAGGGGACGUACAUGUGCUGGGCGGAGAACAGGGAGGAUUCGCUCGACGCCGUGGCCCACAUACAGGUCCAAGUUGCUCCGAGGUUUCUGAGGCAGCCGGCCAACGCUCUCACCUAUGAGAAGAAGAACGUGGAGCUGGAGUGCAGCGUGUACGGCCAGCCAGAGCCCUCGCUCCACUGGCUCAAGAACGGCGAGCUGCUGGUGGAGACGGACUUUUGUGAUGGUGUGGACAUUUAUCACUUACAGAGUGUGAGCGGCAACAACCUGCAGAUCCUUGGCCUGGUGCGCCAGGAGGACUCCGGGAUGUACCAGUGUGUGGCGCACAGCUCGCCGGGGACGCCCAGCUGUGUGUCCUUGAGUCAAGAAGGAGCAGCAUGCCCCCACCCACGCACAAGGCAGGUCACAGACACUGUCACCAGAGUAAGUGGGACAGCUCAGGCACACCACUACUACUACUCAUUCAUCAUCAUUUCAUGGACACCUGCUCCUAGGAGCUCCCACCAGGGGAUGGCCACGACAGAAGAGCUUCCAACUUUCUCUAUCCAGACACUCCCUCCUUGCCUGCUCAAAGAUCUUUCCCCCCUCUCCCUAACGUACUCUUGCACCCUAUGCCUCCAUUUCACUGGAGGUCGUCCUCUAGCAUUCCCUCCCUCUACCUCACUCACAUACACCCUUCUGGUCAUCUUACUCUCCUCCAUUCGCUCCAUGUGGCCAAACCACUUUAAGGUCUGUCGCUUCACCUCUUCCACCACUCCACACUUCUUCCCUUCACCCCUGUGACACAUUCCAAAACACACUUUCAUUACUCAUUCCAUCCAUUCUACUCACACCACAAGCACUCCUCAGGUAACUCAUUUCCACUGCCUGCACUCUAGACUUUCAUUCCAGGCCCACGUUUCAGAUGUGAGGGUUGGUACUAUUAUUGUAUUUCUACUACUACUCCUUGGUUUUCAAUACUUAGAAUGUCUGCUCAUUGUUGACACAACUUGUUUGCAUCA